AUGAUCCGCUUGCUCGGCGGCGUCAUGUCAUUCCCGCCUAUGCCUCCGCCGCCUCCGCCGCCGCCCGCCCGGACCCCUGGGGGCCCCGCCGCGCGCCAGCUCUCCCGGAGGCCCUGUGCACCGCCCGUGCCCUCGCCGCCUGCCGCCGCCGCCGCCGCCGCCGCCGGGGAGAAGAAGAAGAGGCCGCCCGAGAUGCUGCUCUCCAGCUCCUGGCCCUCCGCCACCCUGAAGAGGCCGCCGGGCCGCCGCGGCCCCGGCCUGGGUCCUGGCACCCCGCAGCCGCCGACUUCCUCACGCGUUCCGCCCCAGCCCUCUCCCGGCCGUGCGGGAACCUCUACCACGUGCUCCGCGCCCCGGCGGGUCGCCAGCAGCCACAGCCCAGCGGGAGCCACCGCCUCGGGGACUUCUGUGGGGGCGGGGGCCGGGCCAGACGACGCCACGCGCUUCUCCUUGAGCCUCACUCCCGAAGCCAUCCUGGUCAUCCAGAGGCGCCACCUGGAGAAGCAGUUGAUGGCUCGGUCCCGCAGGCCCUUCCCCACGCCCUCGGCCGACCCUCGGCGCCCACUGGUCCCCUGUCCCCGGACCAGGACCUCGACCCUACGGAGGGGCGGACCCACCAAUGUUCCCGACGCGCCUCUGGCUGUGGCUGUCAGCAGCCGCUCUCCCAGUGCCUCGUUGAUGCCAGGAGGUCUGCAGGCCACUAUGCCCAGCUCGCGCCCCUCCAGCCUGCGCCCGGUGCUCAAGGUAUCGCUGCUCAAUGAGAAGCACAAGUACGACGAUGAGGAGUACGAGGAGGAGGUGGAGGUGGUGGACGAGGGACUGGUGCGCAAAUGCACCGAGUGGCUGCGUGGGGUGGAGUCGGCAGCCGCCGCGAGGAGCCGCACAGGGCCUCUAGACUCACUGCCUCACCUGAGCACACUGUGA